AUGUACGGUGAUGGAGAGGGCACCGUGUGGGACCGGGUCGGACGGCCCCACCGGGACUGCAUGUGCUACCUUGGACCUCCUACUACUUUGAUGCCGAUGAUCGGGAUGCGCAAGUCGCCCGACGUGAGCCCCAGAAGGCUUUCGGACAUCAGCCCUCAGCUCAGACAGCUCAAGUACCUGGUGGUGGACGAGGCCAUCAAAGAGGACCUCAAGUCCUCCCGCUCAGUCGAGGACAUCAACAGCGCGUCCAUAGAGGAGCGGAUACUGAGAAUCACCGGCUAUUAUGGAUACCAGCCUUGGAGUGCCAGCUACAAUAGAGAAGACCGCACCAGGGAGAAUGUGGUGGGCACCACAGACGUACAGUCAGCUGGUGGUGCUGCGGGAGCAGAGUCCGGCUCCAGCAGACGGAGGCUCCACUGCUGCAUCAGAGUAACUACCGUACAGGUGCGCAAGGCCCUGUGGGGAGUCGCCAUGGUGAUGUGCGUGUGCUCGUCCUGGGCGGGCUCCACCCAGCUGGCCAAGCUGACCUUCAAGCAGUUUGACGCCCCCUUCACCCUCACCUGGUUCGCCACCACCUGGAACUGCCUCUUCUUCCCUCUCUAUUACAUCGGCCACCUGUGCAAGAGUCCAGAGAGGCAGACGCCCAGACAGAGAUUCAGGGAGUGCUGUAGGUUUUUCGGGGACGACGGGCUGACACCCAAGGUGUUCUUCACCAAGGUAGCUCCCUUUGGCCUGCUGUGGAUCCUCACCAACUACCUGUACCUGCAGGCCCUCAGGAAGAUCAACACAACAGACGUGUCAGCGCUCUUCUGUUGUAACAAGGCCUUCGUCUUCCUGCUGUCUUGGAUUGUACUCAGAGACCGCUUCAUGGGGGUCAGGAUCGUAGCUGCCAUCUUGGCCAUAGCAGGCAUUGUGAUGAUGACCUACGCUGACGGGUUCCACAGCCACUCGGUCAUCGGCAUUACUUUUGUGGUGGCCUCUGCUUCGAUGUCAGCGCUUUACAAGGUGCUCUUCAAGAUGGUCCUGGGCAGCGCCAAAUUCGGAGAGGCUGCGCUGUUUCUGAGCAUCGUCGGAAGCGCCAACUUUGUUUUCAUCAGCUUUGUGCCGGUCAUCCUGUAUUUUACACAUGUGGAGUACAUUGGCUCACCUGAAGACAUCCCCUGGGCCUACCUCUGCGGGGUUGCAGGCCUGCUUUUUGCUUUCAACGUCCUGGUGAACUUUGGCAUUGCGAUAACAUACCCAACAUUAAUCUCCCUUGGCAUCGUCCUAAGUGUUCCUGUAAAUGCCAUGGUGGACCUCUACACAUGUGAAAUUCAUUUCAACACGGUGCGCCUCAUCGCCGUGUUCAUCAUCUGCCUGGGUUUCCUCAUGCUGCUGUUACCAGAGGACUGGGACCAGUGCAUCAUCCAGCUCAGCACGAAGCUGCGCAAACGUGACGAGCCAGCAGAGGGCAGCGGAGAGGCGGGCGCCACCACAGGGCUCAACUGGAGAGGGAGAGCCAGGACCUCCAUGUCAACAUUUGCACAUUGA